CCGGGCCCAUCCGUCUCAGAGGAAAAGUUCCUGACCCAUAAACGUUAUUUGUCACCAUAUUAUGCCACAAAAAGUCCCGUCAGCGACGGCACAGUGUGAAGACAGAGCCCACACCCUUCAUCUCCGAGCUGAACGAGAAGAGGAAGAAGAGUCAACGUGUUGUCAAGCGAUGCAGGGUUUCUGACCUCACUGGAGCUGGUCCGACUGACAAGAUGCGUUCGAGUGUGGAUGGACCGCCAGUCCCCCAUGGCAGAGGAGGCACUGGCAGCACUAACAAUAACAACAACAACAACCACAGCAGUGAAAACAGUGGAAAUUCAGGCUCCCAGUAUGCGUUGUGUGCUCUGGGGGUUGGCCUUGUUGCCCUCGGCAUUGUGAUGAUUGUGUGGAGCGUCGUACCUGCAGACAUGUCCGGUAAUAGCAGCAGCAAUACAGGAGGAUCUGUGGAUACUGGUGACAGGAAAAAUAAAGCGUCCUCUGUGGCGUUCGUAUUGGUGGGGUCUGGGGUAGCCAUGCUGCUGCUGUCCCUGUGUGUAGGAAUGAGGAACAAACAGCGGGAGCAGCUCUGGCGGGCCCAGAACCAGGCAGGAGUGGCAGCUAAUGCACAGGGGCAAAGUGAAACGGCUGAAGAACAAGCCCAGCGUUAUGCUGUACCCACCUAUGAAGAGGCAGUAGGCAGUGGCCAGUAUCCUGUCCGUCAGAGCAACCUUCGACCAAGCAACUCCCAGCUACCUUCCUAUGAUGACCUGGUCCAAGUUGAUGGUGUGCAGUAUGAAUUUGAGGGGUCGGAGGUCACGACUACCGGAUCACAGACUGCUUCGGCUUCCUCUGCUGCUGCUUCCACAUCGAAUCGCAGACCUGGGAAAAAUAACCGCAAGCUCCUCCCUAUCAAGAUCCGCAGGAUUAAAUCAGAGAAGCUGCACAUGAAAAACAUUGAUAACACCCAGCCAGCAGCAGGAAUCAGUAUAGAACCACUCACACCACCACCGCAGUAUGAGGAUAAAGUGCCUCCAAUUUAAGAUCAAGCUGGUCCUGUUAUCUACUGAAAUUCCUGGAAUUCUCUCUGAUGUAUUUCUGUUCACCUUUUGUGGAUCCGGAUCUGCUUGUUAGGAAAGCGUCAGCAUUCUCAGUGGCAAAGCAAUGAACGAGCAAUGAAUUUUAAUAUCUACUUUGGAUCUGACUGGAUCUCGGAAACAACAGACGGCUAAUGACAGACAUAGUUGCUGGAUCCUUCCUUACUGUGACAGUUUCUGGCACACUGUGGCACAUUGUGUUAAAAGCACACUCACCAAAUGGGGUUUUUCCUUCAUGUCAAAGUACAUUUCUGUCCAAGCAUUCAUUUUAUGUAACCGACCUCCCCUGUGCACUGACUGUGCACAUGAGUUGACGGUGGAAGAGAUCAUGGGAAAUCAAUGAGCAGUUAAAGUGAGGAUUUGUGUGCACACCUAAAUAGAGACGUGCAGGGUGCUCAACUUGUGAAGUAGCUGCCGUUUCAGCAGCAUUUUGCCCUGGAAGACUUUGGAUUACUACUGCCAGUGGUUUAAAAUGUGGGCUCCACGGUGAGUGAUUAAACAUUGGAUGUACUCAGGUACUCAGCUGGAUUGACCUGAUGUAGUAUGCUGCACAGAAACUCUCACUCUUUGUCGAGAAUGUUGUCUCUCCCGGUUCGUUGGAGGUUUCCAUCUAAUUGGAGAUCAUUUUGAUUAAAUGUUAAUUGGUGUUGGAAAGAGUACAAACAGAGUUGGAGUUGUGCCCCACUUCUGUGCUAGCUUCUGUUCCACUAGCUUUUGGUUCAGAGGGAUUUCUUCAUCUGUCUCCUUAAAGUUUUCUUCACAUAUUCUAAGGUAUCUAACUGGACAGAACUAUUUAAGAAUCUAUUCUUUAAACCAAAACCGAAUAAAGCUUUGGUAAGCAUUUAUUAAGUACAGCCCAGUAACUCUUGACCAUAGGCACUUAAAUCUAAAGGCAGCUGUUGAAUGCUAACAAAAUCUUAUUUGGAUUAUCUUAGUUAUCAUAACAAGACACUAAAAGUGCUAGUUUCAUGUUUCCAUUUAAAAAAAUGCAAAUAGAAGAAACCCUGUACAGUACAUGGAGCUAUCAAGGCUGGUGGAACUGAGGUUAGCUUGAAAACAGAGUGGGAUAUAAGCUGUUCAGUGUUGAAGUUGUAGGUAUUUCUUUAGAUCCACAGUCAUUAAAUUGCCGUAUUUAGAGACACAGCACUAACAUAUCAUGAGCUCUUGAGAAAAAUGGCUGAGCAUUUGUUUGCUAAUUGUUAAACACUCCACAUUGUGAACUUGUUUACUUUGGUUAAUCUGGUUCUUUGUGACAGACGGCCAGCAUGAGACUGAACCAUAUUGAGAACAAUAGAUGAGCUGUAAUGGGUUAAUCAGCUGAUUAUUAUUCACGCUUACUAGUGCAGCACUAAUGGGACACCAUUAAGGUCACCUUUUAGGUUACUUUU